UAGGGCAGUCACCAGCAGACUGUCGUACCGUGCGGGUGUGUUACUUCAGUCUCAACGAGGUCUUACGAUCGUGUUCAGACUUGUUCAUACAAGUUGUAGACAACAAGUUAACAACAAAUAAAGUUCCAAAUUAUAUUGGAACUAUCGCUCGAUCUAUUAAACCUCGUCCACGUUGAGUGUUAAGUCAUUCAAGGUGUUUCGUAGUUCAGCAUUUGGCCGUGUGGUGCAGCAUUAAUCCUGAAACAACCAGAACCAUAAUCGUUAGCACUCUCAUUCCCUCUUUGUCAUAGCUUGUAAACAAGAAAUAAAAGCAGACGCAAAAAAUGGACGCACGGAGACGGGAUAGAGAGCAAAUUGGGUUAUGUGGCGUUGAUAGAAUUUGGGGAAAAUCACCAACACGGAUCGAAGAUUCUGACGAAAAUGAAGAGACUAACAAAUACAAAGACAGUAUUAUACCAAAAGAUAGAAAAAGGAAACAUGAGAUGAAGAAAAAGAAAAGUAAAAAAUCAAAGAAAGAAAAGAAAGCUAAGAAAGACAAAAAGAAGAAACAGAAAAGGAAAAGGUCAGAUAGUAGCUCUGACAGCGAACCUGAGGAAUUAGAAUGGGUGGAAAAGAAUGGAAUUAAUGAUAAAGCAAAGGUUAAAAAGGGAUCAAGUUCAGAUGAGAGCGGCGAUGAAGUAGUGGGACCAGUUCAAAAGCCACAUGUGACAUUAUCUGCUAAAGAUUUUGGCAAGGCUCUUUUACCUGGUGAAGGUGCUGCUAUGGCUGCAUACGUUGCUGAAGGAAAACGUAUACCUAGAAGAGGUGAAAUUGGUCUGACUUCAGAAGAGAUAGCCGCAUAUGAAUCUGUUGGCUAUGUUAUGAGUGGUAGUAGACAUCGGCGAAUGGAAGCUGUUCGUAUCCGCAAGGAAAACCAAAUUUAUUCUGCUGAUGAGAAACGAGCAUUGGCUAUGUUUAGUAAAGAAGAACGACAAAAGAGAGAAAAUCUUAUUUUGGGGCAAUUCAGAGAGAUGGUUAACCAGAAGUUAGCCCAAGAACAGAAGAAAAAGUAAUGUAAUUAUUUAAUAUAUAAUUUUCAUCUUGUUUAACAUAACAAGAAGUUAUGUAUGAAAGAAAUGUAUAUAAGAAUUGAAUAUAUUGUAAAAUAUUAUUUAUAUGUGUGUAGUAUAUAUUUGUAUGUAUGUGUACAUAUAUGGAAACAGAUGUAAAUUAUAUAUUAUAUGAUACAUUACUUAUCAAUAAGGUUUAGCUUAAGAAAUGUUCAUUUUAAGCAAUUAAUAACAGUUUAUUAAUGUAAGUUAGGAAAUUAUAUAUAAGUGUUUACUAACAUUUAUAAAUAAAUAUAUCUACUCGUGUAAGAAUAAUUAUAACAAUAGCUUAUACUUUCUGAUUGCUUUCCCAAUCUAACCAUCCUCCGACAUAAUUGUAUGCACUAAAAUAUAAAUAAAUAGGUUUAAUUAAUACAUUUGUAAUACACGUGUAGAUAUAUUCUUGUAAUAUAACAUACUUUUCAUAUCCAA